CAAACACACACACCCACCCACCACGGCACGCACUAAUAGGCCACUAAGCACCCACAAAGAUACACAGUUACAGGGUUCUUUGGGGGCCUGGUCCUAUCUCUCUUUCUAAUUUGUUAUCCUUGUUAUUAUUUCUUUUUACUAUUUCUUAUUUCUAUAUCCCCUCUCUAGCUCCCGCACUCUCUCACUCUUUCUCUCUUUUUGUAAUUUUUUUUAAUGGAGCUGCACGAACAAGGAGUAGGGGGUGUCUUGCAGCAAAAGCUACACACAAGGGUCGAAACUUUUCCUUCUGCUCCUUCCAAGCAACAACAACAUCAGCAGCAACAGCAACCACCACCACGAAUAGACAAUAUUGCUCAUCUCUACAGUCAACUUCAAGCGGCCUUUGACAAGCCGCCUACAACGACAAAAGCACGCAACGCUACUCCUGUCGUCGGCCAUCCCACUCCAAUUAAGCCUGCACGCGUCAACAUAUCGCACAUGCCACACCAGCAGCAGCAGCAAGAAGAAGAACAACAACAACAGCGGACAUCGUCAUCGUCAUCGUCGGACGUACCUGGCACCACUCGUUCAUCGACCGAAAGCGGUUUUUAUACACCCAGCAACAGUAGCUCGAAUACCAACAGCCCCAUCACACCAUCGCCGCAUCACCACCACCACCACCACCAUCAUAGUAAUGAAAACCCUAAGCAGCAAUUACCUGACGUGUGUGCAUGUCAUCAUUGGCUAGUGUCAAUCGAUUCCGAACACUGUGGGCUAUGCGACGAACCAUUACCACAACUUCAAGAAUGGCAACAAGAGCGAAAUCUGGGUUUUCAAACGAUCGAACGAAGCGAAUCACAACUGCAACGUUUACAAGAAAAGCAACGAGAAUACCAAGAACAAAUCCAACAACUUGUGACGGAUAUCCACAACAAAGAAGCCUCGAUCGAACGUCGUACUGUCGGACUGGAAUCUUUACAACAGGAUCUCAAGAUAUUGCACAACAAAUGCAAAGGUGAACGGAUGCAAGUCAAAGAAAUCCAACAGUCCAAAGAAUCGGUCAAGCGGGAACUUGAGGAAUUAUCGCAACGACUGUUUGAAGAAGCCAACGAGAUGGUACAGUUUGAAAAGGAGGAAAAAAAACGGAUUCAAGUCGAGCACGAAAAGUCCAAGCAACAGUUGGAAGAGGCUGAAACUGAACUUUCUCGAGUCGAGGCAGAAUUGCAGACAUUGCGUAAAGAUAUCGGGUUACUUGUUGAAUCCAUGGCACCACCACCACCACGACCGUCAUCAGCAUUAUCGGGUUACUGUGAAUCACAAUCGAGCAGCAGUAACAACUAUAACGCAGCAGCAGGAGAUGAUCACCAUUCCACGAGUAACAGUGACACACCAGUCCUAUCAUCUGGUGGAAGCAUGAACAUGGGUGCUGAAACAGUCAUGAUGCGAGCCCAGAUUGAUCUUGCGGUACAACACAACAACAGCAACAUGAUGGCUCUACAGAUCGAAGCAUCAGAAGACGACCAUUGCCUGAUGGAAUUUCGACAAUUUAUCGAUACAGCCAGCACAGUCUCGCUUCGAAAACUGCACUCGAUGCCGUACAUGAAACAAUGUCUCGAGGACGAUGUUCGACCUACCUUACGAUUUGGUCCCACCCCAAAAUUGGCCAGUCGCAAAAUCAUUGAUGCCAUCUUGGUCAAGACGUGUUUUGUUGAGACGUGCCCGCCUGGAUUUGUGCAUGAGCAUUUCAGUCAACAACAGAACCAAGCAGCAGCAGGAGAAACGAUCACCAGUCUAUGGGAACGAUUUGCUUCAUCGCCCGUGUUUGAGGGCUGUCAGGCGUGUGGUCGUCAGGUGCCAAAGGAAGAGCAAAAGCAAGUCUUGACCUAUCGGUUCCGUACGUCCUAUUUUGAUGAAUGGGCAUGUAUCGAUCGAUAUUGUCGCGAUCGUCUUGAAGCUGUUGUUCAGUUUUACUCGUUCCUUCGCCAGUUACGUAUCGGUGCCUAUCGUCAUCGCUCGUUGACCGAAGUAUACCAAGAAUGUUCUCGCUUAAGGCUUCAAAUGUGUCUGAGCAGGAUGGGUGCAUUGCCUGCUGUUUUGCAAAGCUCAGGCUUUGAUCCAGAUGUCCUUGCUAGAGCUACCCCGGGUAGCAGUAACAUCGGUCACCUUGUUCCUGAUGAUGUAAAUAGUGCCCGAUUAUCAAGCUCUACCGCAUCCACAUUGACCCUGUGAAAAAGAAAUUAACAGACGCCUUACUCCUCCUCCUCCGUUUGCUCCCCAUCUUCUGCCGUUCAUCCAAUCCAUCGUACUACUAUUACUUCUACUUUUACUACCACUACUAUUUUUCAUCUAACUACAAACCACCCCCUACUAUCACCUGCCACUACAUAGCGAACUUAUCCCCUACCCCCAUGCCCAUCCUUUCGUUUUCUCACUCUCUCUUCUUUUAGCCCUGUUUAUCAACUACUCUUUCUUUUUUAUAUAUACCAUCCUUUUUCUAAUUUUUUUUCCUUGCUAGUAGUCAUGUAAAUCUUUAUAUUAUUGGUAAUUUGCGUAUUAAAAACACCCCAGAAGUAGCUUUACUUUCUAAUAUAUUAAAAGAAAACCAAACGAAAACUGUAUCCAGC